CAAGAUCAACUGACGUCAGCAACUUUUUUUAUAAAUUAACUGUACAUUUUUUAUUUGUUUUCUUCCAAUACUAGUUUUUUUUCAUUGGUUAUUUUCUUUCCUUCUUUAUUUUAAAUUUAGUUUUUACACAAGCAUUUUCCCGACCACUUUAUUUUAUAUUCUCCCGAAUAUCUCAAGUUUAGUCAUUAGUUCACAGAAACUAAUUUACUAGUUGAUAUAGUUGGCAGAAUUUUUCGGUUAACGCUACUCUGAACACUCAUAACAACAGAGUGGAAUUACAUAUUAAUUACGAUAUUACCUCAUAAUCCUUCAUUUAUAUAAUUUCAUAAAUUUUUAUUAUGCCAGAGCAGUCAGGAACUGGAGGAACAAGAAUAAUUCGAUCACGUACAAUAUGGGAACGAAUUAAAAGUUGGCCGAUGGAUCGUAUUAAUAGAUUUGAGGAGGACUUUAAUACGAAAGAUUGGGAUGAAUGGAGUCAGGCUUCUAGCUGGUUUGCAGCUAUUGGCCUAAAUACUUUAUCUAUUGUGUUGCGGAUUGGACAUUGGUUUGAUGGACCAAAAUAUGAUCCUAUACUUAACCCAUUUCGCAGUUCUUUAGCAGUUUGGCUUUCUUUUUGUGAAUGGACGUUAUUUUCAUUAAGCAUGGUCAACGCUAUUUAUGUUUAUUUAUCCACAAAAAAUUAUCAUCUCUUUGAGCAUCGCUUAAAUGACCGACCAAAAAGUAAUAAUGUUCAAAUGCAAGAAGUGGGUGAACCUAUACCAGCAUGGGCAGAAAGAUACCCUGGUAAAUUUUUCUACCCUUUAUUACAAGUUAUUUUUGAACAUCCCGGAUUUGACCCUAACAGUGAGUGUGUUUGGGUGAUAACUAUGUGGUGUCCUUCUAGUUUUUGUUUAGAUCUUUUCUGUUAUUAUUCUCCAGCUCAAGUUUUGAUUCUUAAUUAUUUGACCGGAGAAAAUUACUUUUAUCUUUUGCCAGCGGCAGUAAUCAUUGGAAUUCAAUUGAAGGUUCUCGUCAAGCUAUAUCAGUCUCUUAUCAAAGACAGACAAAUAAUAUUCGAUGAAGUUUAUAAUGAAUAUACGGAGAAAUUUGUCAACCCAAAUUGUUUCGUUCACAAAUACGAAGUCGGAAUACAAACCGAUGUUAACAGGCCGUGGGAUAAAAUUAAUAUUAAUCCUAGAUUAAAACAGAAACAAAAGAGCAAAAAGGAGAUAAUGGAUAAAAAUAUUUAAAAUAUCAAAUUUUUCUUCAUAAAAUCAUAAGAACGAAUCAAAGGCUGUUUCGUUUGGACAUUUGAGAGUGUUUGCUGUAAAUAACCUUAGACAUAAUUGUACAAGAUCAUCUCUUCAAUUUAUUUGCUGUUCCAUAUCUGCACGUUCGCAAAUUUUCAUUCAUUUUAAAAGAAAUAAUCUUUUAAUAUUUAGGAGCAAUUUAUAAUUAUAGAUUGGUAAUAAUUCGUAAGUAUUGUAUCAUUUAAAUCGCUUUGAUUAAUGCAUA